AUGUGCACCUCCCUGGGCAAAUCGCCCAGCCCUGAGCUGGCAUCAUCUCACAGCUCGGCCAUGAAGGAGCAGCAGCUUACGGUGGCCCUUCGCAUCCGUCCCAUCAACGCAGCAGAAGCGGAGGAGGGAGCUGCCCUCGCUGCCCGCAGGACGGGUGAGCAGAGAGUGGUCCUGAUGGAUCCAACCGAAGAUCCAGAUGACAUCUUGCGAGCUAACAGAUCCCGAGAAAAAACAUUUGUAUUUGACAUGGUUUUUGAUCACAGAGCAACCCAGGAGGAAGUGUAUGUGUCCACGACCAAAAGCCUGAUUGGAGGAGUCAUUUCUGGCUACAAUGCAACCAUUUUUGCAUAUGGCCCAACAGGAGCAGGAAAAACCUACACGAUGCUCGGGACAGACUGUGAACCAGGGAUUUACAUCCGCGCCCUUGAUGACCUCUUCAAGGCCCUUGAAGCUACGGCCGAGGAGAUGGAUCACACAGUCUCCAUGUCCUACCUGGAGAUCUAUAACGAGGUGAUCCGUGACCUCCUGAACCCAUCCUCAGGGUUCUUAGACCUGAGAGAGGAUUCCAGAGGUAGCAUCCAGAUAGCAGGAAUUACAGAAGUCUCCACAACAAAUGCUCAGGAGAUCAUGCAGCUGUUAAUGAAAGGAAACAAGCAACGCACCCAGGAACCCACUGCUGCCAACAAGACGUCCUCCCGCUCCCACGCAGUGCUGCAGGUGACGGUGACGCAGAAAAGCCGAAGGAAGGUGGUGGGCAAGGAAAUGCUUAUUGGAAAACUUUUCAUGGUCGACUUGGCAGGGUCAGAGAGAGCAGCGCAGACUCAGAACCAGGGCAAGAGGAUGAAGGAAGGAGCCCAUAUCAACCGCUCACUGCUGGCUUUAGGCAACUGCAUCAACGCUUUGAGUGAGAAGGGGGGGAGCCGGGCCCAGUUUGUCAACUUUCGAGACAGCAAACUCACCCGUCUGCUGAAGGACUCAUUAGGGGGCAACAGCAGGACUGUUAUGAUUGCACAUAUCAGCCCAGCCAGCACCUCCUUUGAAGAAUCUCGAAUGACCUUGAUCUAUGCCUAUCGAGCAAAAAACAUCAAGACACAGGUAAAGUGUAACCUGCAGAAUGUCUCCUACCACAUUGACCAAUACACCAGCAUCAUCGCAGACCUCCGCAGGGAGAUCGAGCAUCUGAAGGCGAGGGGUGAAAACCAGGAGAAGGAGAAAAGUGCAGUCAGCUCCAGCCUCGGGGAUCUGCAAGCAGAGAGGCACCAAGGCCCUGAGGCACGCAGUGGGCAAACAAUGAAUGCUUUGCGGGCACAGCUGAUCGGGGCUUUCAGGGAGCAGAUGGAGAUGCGCCGCAGCCUGAUGGAGCUGGAAAACACCAACAUCGAGCUGCAUGUUGAUACCUGCAGACACCUCCUAACAAUCACAGACUGGGAACGAGAGAAGGCUCAGGGUGCAUGCAAGUAUGGCAAACCAGCGAAGGAGGAGAAAGAUGAAAACACAGAGGAGGAAGACAGAGAAGUCGGUAUCACAGAUGCACCUGAACCUCAUGAAGUUACAGUAGCAAGAGAAGAGAUCAACCUGCUGCUGGCAGAGCAGCACAAGACGGCAUCCCUGAAGUCAGAGCUGGAGCAGCGCUUAGCAAAUGCCAAGGAAAAAGCUGCCCAGAUGGAGGAGUUUUUCCCCAGACAAAUUGCCAGUGAGGAUCAGCAAGAGGUUCUAAGGCUCCUCUGCAGAGCCCAUGAGCUUGAGCUUGGCAACACAGAGCUGCAGGCAAAUACACUGUACAAGGAGAGUCUAUUGUGCCAGAAGGAUUUUGUGAUCCAGCAACUGCAGCAGCACAUGCUACUCUGUGAAGAAAUUAUUCAGCAGCAGCAGAUGCUGAUAAAAGCCCAGAACAUUCCUGUCCCAGAGACACUGGUGAGGUUACACUGCCUGCACCUCUCUGAGUUGGAGGAGGGGACGCUGAACCGCGUGCUGCUGCUGCAUUCAGUGAUGUCCAGCAUGCUCCGGCCCCACAACAGCCCAUCUCUGGAUGUAAGUCAGCAUCUGGAUCUAAAUAAAGAUGAGGUCAGAAAGGGCCUACCUGGGAACAUGAAGGAUCUUCCCUGGGGGGUGAAGUUUGACAUUCCCUCCAUCACCCUGGAGUCAGACAGUGGCAGCUGCAGAUCAUCUAAAAUGUCACCCUGUAGGAAGGAGGGAUCUCUGGAUAACCACCUCAGCCCAACUUUCUCUGGUUUGCCAAAAACCCCAGGUCAGCAGCAGAAACCAACAGGUAUUACUGCAGGAAAGAUGACUCCCAGGCUGCGUUCCCCCACGUCUCUAGACUUGCAUGGGAAAAAGUCACCUCCAGACAGUGCUGCUGUUCCACUGAGUCUGGAGACCUUGGAGGAAAUUGCUGCCAACACCAAAAGCAUCUCCCUCGUUGCAGCCAGUCGCCGUUCCAGAGCCCAACACAGAGAUCCUGGAAGCAAAGUCUCUUCAGCCCACUUCCCUGAGGAGGACAUGCUUAAGCAGAAGUAUCUGGAGGCCAGUUCCACCCCAGACUGUCAGACAAGAGACAGUACACGUACUGGGGGGUUGCUGUUAGAGCCUGCAGCUGGGAGCCAGCUGUGCUCCCCAGCCCAGGUUGUGCUGAAGAACAGGAAAGACCAGGAGAUGCCUGCUGAGAGGACAGCCAGAAAGAAAAGAUCUCGCUCUCUUGAACCAAACUUCCACAGGACCUCAAAAUCUAAGCAAUGGACUCCCUCGAGCCCCAGUACAGACAAGGCUUGUGAGAACCACCUGUGCCGAGCUAGACUCUUCCGUCAGACAAAAGCUGUGAGCAGCAUAUCCAUUGCCACGAAGGUCAAGGUUCCUGUUGGCUACUGUUCAGAGGGGACUCCACUAGAGGUGCUGCCGAAAGACAGUGCUCCUGCAAGCACUGUCCAGCAGAGCAACGCCUAUCGCAUCAAAGGACGGGUCCUACAGAAGCAAGUCAAAGGGCCUGCAGAUGGUGCCAGCAGUCGGCAAAAGCAGCAGCCAGACGCCCGCUUGGGGAACCAGCUGAAGACUAAAUAG